AUGGGUGCAAUUGCUUCCGACGAAAUAAGGGACUUGCGCCAUCUUAAAAGCAGUCUCAUAGGCGAUGAUCUUGCGAAAUGGAGAUUUCUACAGAAUCCUGGUAAAGUGAUACCAGAAAUCAUAGAUAUGGCGCUUCCUUCACAAAAAGAUGGUCUGCCGGCUGUUUCUGAAAAUUUGAGGUCUGAAGCAUUCGAUUUGAUAUUCAUUUUGGUGAACUUGGGGGGAAACGAAAAGCAAGGGUUGGGCCAAACUUAUGACGCCAUGGUGGAGCUUAUCUUAUCCAGAAUACAGUUUCAGGAAGAUGAUGCGUCUAUUAUUAUGUUGCAAAAAAUGCAGCUUCUGAAUAUGUGUCUAGAGAGUAUUCACACGGGUUUUCCCGGUUUACUAGAUUUACACACCGCUGUACGAGCAACUUUUGUCCGCUAUGUGCAUGAAAGGGUCCACAAUCGCAGUUCACAGCUCUAUGACACAGUGAUUGUGGAGCUAUUGUCUUGUAUCUCCAGACAGGAGGUCGUCAAGGCUGACACAGAGGUUUUUCUGGCGACUUAUACGCUAUUGCUGGAAUUAUCCGAAAAGUACCAGCAUCAGCUCCAUUUCAAGUAUAUGGUGACUGAAAUGAAACCUGAUCAAUCUGCUCAGCAGUACAACCUGUAUGACUUUGUCCAAUCGUCACGUUCAUUCAUCAAAUCUCCGUAUGGCAGUCCAGACCCCGUUGCACCUCGCAAUGCUACAGACAUAUCUCUUUUCUGCCUCUCUCUCCAUAUAUACCUCAAUUACCGUAGCGCUUUGGAUAGCAUCGUUGAGGGGAGCGCAAACCUGGAGGAUGUCAAGAGCUUUGAGCUUCUAACAAGCAGCUUUUUGAAGAGUCAAAACAUGGCACUGCGAUGCUCUGCCCUCCAGUUUAUGGCAAACAGUUUUUUGAAAGGGUCAGAGCCCACGGUGAACGCAGCAACAGAAAGAAUCUCUCUCUGGUUACCACAUUUAUGCGAGUGUCUCAAUUACGACAACCUCCCGUGGUGGUUUGAUCCCAUAGACAUUUUAACAGAUCUCGUAAAUUGGUGCAACGAACACGAUCCGUUGAAUAAUCCGAUCUCGAAUUUCCUGCUGGAAACCAAUCUCGUGAAUUCAAUUGUGCACAUGCUAGCCAAAUGUCUUGCAUUGCAGGGACGCGAUUACGAUACUCUAAAAACUACCGGGAAACUCAUCAAAUUAUGUGCAGCAUUGACAAGCUUUAGCGAGACGACUAGAAGGCGACUUUUCACCAAUAAGGCCCUGUUGCAGCAUGCAGAAUCCGGCUUAGAUUCACAUUUACAAUUACUGGAUUGUUUCAUUGCUCAGAGAAGUAAGAUUUCUCUUGAUAUAAAGCAACAAGACCUGCAACCGUUUUAUGAUACUGAGUUCACCUUCUCGUGGGUAUUACUUCUUAAGUCUUUUUCUCGGAGCGUCACUGCAUUAAGGACAUUUCUGAAACGGAACAGGCUUGCCGAACUGCUCUUGAACCUGGUAAAGCGGACUUGCCUUUUGAGUGAAGACUCUUUUUGCCGCGGAAGCGCCUUGCUAAGCGGAGAGAUUAAAAUAAUGAGUGCCGCCCUUGGCACGCUCUCGAACUUCGUGGUGGAAUUCUCUAAUCUGCAAUCGCACAUUGUUGAAAACGGCAUCAUCGAAGUGGUCGGCAAAAUAUUGAAAAGCCCACUUUUUAACGAACGGGCCAAUGCUGACCUUGGCGUUAUUGGUGAAGAUCCAUGCUCGGCUAGUGUUCAAGAUGUACAAAAGAAUGCGCUUUGGGUUCUGCGACAUUUAAUGUACAACUCACAUAACGAAGAGAAGCUGGAGCUAAUCUCCAUCAUACCCAUGGAAACGGUUUUGCAAUUUGUUAAUAACAGCAACUGGCUGGUCCAGGAGCAGUGCUUUCAACUACUGAGAAAUUUGACGUGCAAUUCUCGCAAAAUGGUCAACAUAUUACUUGAGAACUUUAACGAUUCCGAGAACUCCACAGGCUCACAAACUCAUACGGGCGGGGUGCGGCCCACGUACCUCUUUGAGUUUCUCGCUCACAAGCUCAAAAUGCUCGAUCCUGAAGACCCGAGCCAGGCGAAGACGCUUGAAGGUGUAUUAUACAUCAUAGUGAACAUCACUGCGAUCAAUGAAAACAAGCGCCAGAUGGUGAUUGAGCAAGACGGCAUCCUGCUAUUCAUCAAGCAAGUUUUAAGUUCUGUGGGUGGUGGCUACCAUAGGGCGGAUAUCGAGGUUGCGUGUCUGUGGAUAUUAACCAACCUUAUAUGGGCAUCGACCACUUCCAAUUUUCUUUUCAGUGCUACUCAGCCGCAUCCGGUCUUGGAGCAGGCCACUUCCCAUCCGCCAGGAUCCUCUUCGUUAUUGCGGCACAAUGCCAGGCCAGACGACAAGGACUUUUCUCAUGAACACCGUCCCAGCGGAAAUGAUAACGGUGAUCAAGACGAACCAUUCGGUCAGACUGUUAACGACGAGGCCGGUAAUGAUGGCGAAGAAUGGCAUCAAGAACAAGACCAAGAACGCGGAUCCGAACACGACCACGAAGGUGCCGAAGACGGCAAUGAAGAAGAAGAAGAAGAAGAAGAAGAAGAAGACGGUGAUGAUGACGUUGACGAUGAUGACGAUGACAAUGAUUAUGACGACGACGACGACGACGACGACCACAUUUCUGGGGACGAAGACGAAGACAAUUCCUAUAUUCAACAAACGCUGCACCCAACCGUCCGCACCACUUUUGAACUUACCAGGCCUAAAAGUUUCGGCGUUCCUGCCAAACUUCGCAUUUUCGCAGCCCAGAGAUGUGCCAAACUAGUUAAGAUGGGCCUCUACGAUGUCGUUAAGACCAGCACAAUUGCUGGUGAUAUGGCAGUUCGUGAGCAAGCUAAGCUGCUACUGUUCCAUAUGGAUUUGUUACGCAAAGGCAUCUGA